AUGCUACUGUCAGGUAUAAGGAGAAGCGGCGGGCUUGAGAAAUUGUUUAAAGAUCCAAAUGCUCCUGUAGCAAUGAAAAAGACGAGGAAAGCUAAACGGCGAGCACAACGCAAGGAGCGCGCUUUGCAGGGAGAAGACAGUGAACUUCUGUAUGAAAUGGAAGAAGGGGUUCCUUCAUCAACAUCAUCGGGAUCGUCAAGAGACCCUUCGAUAUUGGAUAGACAGCGCAUGCAAUCCCUACACGGAAAGAAAGCUGGGCGCAAAUACAGACCUUGUAAAUGGAUAUGUAUCGGCCUAGUAAUCAUUGUCCUGUUCCUCAUUUUACUCUUCGCUGCUUGGGCUGCGUCCAGCCCGCCGAAGGUAUCAGCAAUCACAUUCUUCUCGAACGGCUCGUCCCUCUUCGCACCUACGACCAUUCUUAUCUCACUUGAUGGCUUCCGAGCAGACUUCCUUGACCGUGGACUUACUCCAACGCUAAACAAGUUUGUGCACGAUGGCAUCUCUCCGCGCUAUAUGUACCCGAGCUUUCCAAGCCUUACCUUUCCUAAUCACUACACUAUGGUCACCGGGCUACACCCAGAAAGUCAUGGCAUCGUUGGUAACACGUUCUGGGACCCGUAUCUUAUGGAAGAGUUCUGGUAUACCAAACCAGCCCAGAGCAUGCAGCCGAAAUGGUGGGGUGGAGAGCCAUUAUGGGAAACUGCGGAGAGGCAGGGCGUGCGCGCGGCCAUUCAUAUGUGGCCUGGCUCGGAAGCACACAUCGGAAAAUUUGAGCCUGCUUAUGUCGACAAAUAUAACGGAUCCGAAGCCCUGUCGAAGAAGGUCCAACGGAUCUUGGGACUACUCGAUCUCCCUGGUCCGCGAGAUCAAGGUGCUAAGGAUGACAAGCCUCGCCCACAGCUCAUUGCCGCUUACGUUCCGAAUGUCGACUCUGACGGACACAAGUUUGGACCGAAUAGCACCGAAAUCAGGAAGACCAUACAGUCCGUGGAUAUGAUGCUAGAAAACCUAUUCUUUGGCCUUGAGGAGCGUAAUCUGACUGGUUUGGUCAAUGUUGUCGUAGUAUCGGAUCACGGCAUGGCCACCACCGAUACCGAACGCAUGAUCCAACUGGAAGAUCUCGUGGAUACAAAUGAGAUUGAGCACAUCGAUGGCUGGCCACUCUUUGGACUGAGGCCGAAAGACUCAACCCAAGUCGAGCGCAUGUAUAAUGAGAUCGUAGCGAAGACUGAGCACAACCCAAAUAUCGAGGUAUACCUUCGGGAGACCAAUAUGCCAAAGAGAUAUCACUUUUCGAAGAACAAUCGCAUAGCUCCGAUCUGGCUGAUACCCAAAUCAGGCUGGGCUAUCGCGAAGAAAGACGAAUUUGACAUUGCAAAAGCCAAAGAAGUCGGUGAAGUUUUCCGUCCAAGGGGCUUGCAUGGCUAUGAUAACAUGCACCCACUAAUGAGGGCAAUUUUCAUUGCUCGGGGGCCGGCGUUCCCACACUCGCCUGGCAGCCGCGUAGAGCCAUUUCAAAAUAUCGAGCUCUAUAACAUUGUUUGCGACUCGCUCGGUAUUCAGCCACUGCCUAACAACGGGACGCUGCGACUACCACUUAGACCAAUUGGGUUGCACAAUGAGACAGGUGCACCAGGUAUAGAAAGACCUAACGAUCCUCCUCAUGUCGAUGAGAACCUAUCGUCACACAAACUGCCUGGAAGCGGCAACCACGAGAACAUAGAAGGUCACAAGAUACCUUCAGGGAUCCCAGUUCUACCGCCGACUGCGCAAACGACUUCAAUUGAGACACACAACGACCAGCAGUCAGACCAGAGCCAGACUGUGCAUGUCUUCGAUAGUGUCAAGGACUUCUUUGACUGGUUGACUGAUAAAGUCAACUCGGCAAAAGAAUGGGCUUCAGAUGCCCUUCACCAGGGCCAGAAUACAUCUCCCACGAGGGAAUGA